UGGUUCAAAUAACAAGGAUAAUUCUGUCAUUUCGGUAUACCUUUCGCAAGAACUCGACAACAUAAAGUCACGCACUUUAAUGGAGGUCCAAGCAUGGUUUCUCAUUUUCCCAUAGGAAAUCUUUUGUCAAAGUUUUUGAAUCUGAGUUUUGACCCGAAAUUGGAUUCCUUGGAUCGAUCUCAAGGAAGGGUUUUGAGUUGAAUGCCUUUUGUUUUUGUAUUGAUUCAACAAUGGCGAAAGUGAGACAUUCUCGAUUGCAAGCGAGGAAAUGGUCGACGGUUACGCUCGUGUUGUCGAUGUUGUUUAUGUUAUCGGUGGUUUUAUUGAUGCUAUUGGGACUAGGGAUCUUCUCUCUCCCGAUAAAUAACGAUGAUUCUGCCCCCAAUGAUCUCACUUCUUAUAGGCGCAUGGCUUCUGAAAGAGGGAAAGGCUUGGGGAAGAGAGGGGAGCAAUGGACUGAAGUCCUUUCCUGGGAGCCUAGAGCUUUCAUUUAUCAUAACUUCUUGUCCAAGGAAGAGUGUGAGUACUUAAUAAAUCUUGCUAAACCUCACAUGGUGAAGUCCACUGUGGUUGAUAGCAAGACAGGGAAAAGUAAAGAUAGCAGGGUACGGACAAGUUCGGGUAUGUUUCUGAGAAGAGGGCAAGAUAAAAUCAUUAGGGACAUAGAAAAUAGGAUAGCAGACUACUCUUUCAUUCCUGUAGAGCAUGGAGAAGGUCUUCAAGUUCUCCACUAUGAAGUUGGACAGAAAUAUGAUGCACACUUUGAUUACUUCCUUGAUGAGUUCAACACUAAAAAUGGUGGCCAGCGGAUGGCUACCAUGCUUAUGUAUUUGUCAGAUGUUGAAGAGGGGGGUGAGACAAUAUUUCCUGCAGCCAAGGGCAAUAUUAGUGCUGUGCCGUGGUGGAAUGAAUUGUCUGAAUGUGGGAAACAGGGGCUUGCUGUGAAGCCUAAGAUGGGUGACGCAUUGCUGUUCUGGAGCAUGAGACCUGAUGCUACACUAGAUCCUUCAAGUUUGCACGGUGGAUGCCCUGUGAUUACGGGGAACAAAUGGUCCUCUACAAAGUGGAUGCAUCUUGAAGAAUACAAGGUUUAAGUUGCUCUCCGAAAGGAUACCAUAUUACCAAGGUACAUGCCAUGGCGGUCCAAUGCUGGGAAAGUUUAUGAUUCAUGCAACUCUUUAUACUCAGGUGUCAGCCCCACUAUUCUUUUAUUUGAUGGGUAUUCUUUUCUUUUUUGGCCUAAUUCUUAGGUUGAGAAGUACUUUAUUUUCUCUUUUUACCUUUUGGUUUUGUUUGACCCCUUGGAAAUACUAUGGCAGUCCUAUACUUGUGUGAAAAAUAUGAUGCCAUACGUUGAUACAUUUAUGAGGUGAGGACAUAGGAAAUGGGUCGCAGCAGUUGGAUGCAUUACCUGCAGACUGUAAAUUUGCAAAAUAAUCAUAAUUUAGUCCAGCACCUUGCCUGCUGAAUAUUUUUGUUCAA